AUCACGAGCACGAGUGUGGCAUUGUAUCUUCAAAAGAUGAAUUUCACAACAGCAGACUGGCGUAGCGAGGAAAUGGCUAUCACCACAGCAGACUGGCUUAGCGAUGAACCAGUAAAGGAACUAUCGUGGCGUAAUCCAAAAGAUUGGGGGCCAUUAUAUCCCUUCUAUCACAAAUCCUAUUUGAUAGGAUUAGAAUGCGAGUGGGUGGAAUAUGGAUACCUUAUUUUACAGAAAAAAACACCACGCCGAGCUCGAACUUUGAACGAAUUUAAAUCCUAUCAUGUACAAAUGCAGUGCCUGAUGCUGAAAUUGAUGAUCGGCAUUGAUCAACGAAUACCACGAUUUUAUGAUUUAGAAACCAUGGAGUCCUGGAAAACGCAGAUGGUCAUUUUUAAACGACAAGUCAGAUGUUUGGAGCGGUAUCUCGUCAUGUAUUCAACUUCAACGGUACUCCAUAGUCCUAUUGCUAAAGCAGAAAGAAUUUUAAGAGACUUUAAUAUAAUGGAAAAUAUUAUUCGUGUAGGAUUUCCUAGUUUUGUUUCUAUGUAUGAAGCACGAUUGCAAGAGUUUGAAUCUCAAACUAAUAUGGAUGUCAAUUCUCCUUCAUUUAGACCCGAACCCUCGCUGUAUUCGCCUCCUCCCUCGCCUCAGUAAUGUGUAAAUAAUAAAGAGACUAUGAAUGUGAAAUCUAACUCGAAAACGUAACUUUCGUAGGCAAAUUUUUUACAAAAUGUAGGGGAAUUCCCCACAAAAGGUAGAAGUAAGAUGAAACGAAACUAGAAUAAUUAACUCAACACAUGUUGUUUUUUAGAUUUAACUUCCUUUAAU